AGCAUAGAUUAGCUUAUAUCUCAACAAUAUUUUGCCUAUAGAAUUUUUGGAGAAGUGACUUAUAUGACCAAAAGUGAUGGACUCGCCAGCUUUCAACAACCUAAGUGAUGGACUUGUGUAUUCCAACAACACAGAUGCGGCGUCCCAGAAACUUUUGUUCGGGAUUGGCACCGACAACUUCAUCACUCUUGUGAUCUUUGGACUGAUAUUCAUUCUCGGGGUUCUGGGAAACUCCAUGGUGAUAACGGUUCUGGCCCGGAGCAAACCUGGCAAACCUCGGAGCACCACCAACAUCUUCAUUCUAAACCUAAGCAUAGCUGAUCUAUCGUAUCUCCUCUUCUGCAUUCCUUUCCAGUCGACUGUGUACAUGCUACCGACAUGGGUUCUUGGAGCGUUUAUUUGCAAGUUCAUACACUAUUUUUUCACGGUGUCAAUGCUGGUCAGUAUUUUCACCUUGUCCGCGAUGUCAGUGGACCGCUACGUAGCCAUCGUGCACUCCAGAAAGUCGUCCUCGAUUCGAGUGGCUAAACACGCUUUGAUCGGUGUGGUCGCCAUCUGGAUACUGUCGUUUGCCAUGGCAGCGCCGGUUGCUUACUACCAAAACAUAGUGGAGAGAGGAGAAAACAAUACUUAUUGCUGGGAAGUGUGGCCGGACCAUAGCCAAAAGAAGGUCUACGUUGUAUGCACAUUUGUUUUUGGUUACGUCCUGCCGCUGCUGUUAAUUUCGUUUUGUUAUGCAAAGGUUUUGAACCACUUGCACAAAAAGCUAAGGAACUUGUCCAAAAAAUCAGAAGCGUCAAAGAAGAAGACUGCCCAGACUGUGCUGGUUGUGGUGGUGGUCUUCUGCUUGUCCUGGCUGCCCCACCACGUGGUCCACCUGUGGGUGGAGUUCGGAUCCUUUCCCCUCAACCAGGCCUCCUUCGUGUUCCGGGUGGCGGCCCACUGCUUGGCCUACAGCAACUCCUCUGUCAACCCCAUCAUCUACGCCUUCCUGUCCGAGAACUUCAGGAAGGCUUACAAGCAAGUUUUCAAGUGCCAGCUCUCCAGUGAGUCGCCCCUGAAUGACAUCAAAGAAAUACGUAGCAAGAUGGACACGCCCCCUUCCACCAACUGCACCAACGUCUGA